UUUAGAUGGUAACAAGGUUAUGGAAAUACCCAUUAAUCAAGACAUGUAUUGCUGGUACUGUAGGAUACUUAACCGUUGGUUUGGUGGAUUCAGUUGAUUCUAGCCCUAUUCUAGAUGACGAUGAGAAGUGGAGGAAAUAUCGGUCAGACUUCUAUGAAUAUUAUUUCAAAUUUGCGGACAUUGUCGGUAAAUGUCACUACAUAGAAGAACAAUACCGAACGAACACUCCCAGUGGAUCCUAUCUAAGAUGUGCGAUUGAUUCUUUAGAAAAGGCUCAUCAAAUUAUCAGGUUUGAUAGCGAUGAUAGGUUACGAAGAAAGGUUUUGCGCAAGGCUCAUCGCUACGUAAUCAAAGCAGCCACUGUUGAGGAAGAUGAGGAUUUGCGAGCUGAAACCCAUAAAUGGUAUGGUCUUAUCAUGUUGAAAAGAUCCAAAUACGGAAACAAAGAAAAACGAUUACUGAAGGCAAUCGAUGAACUUGAAAAAGCAUUGGUUACUAACAGUAUAGAUCCGCAAAUUUGGUACUAUUUAGGUAUUGCGAAAUAUAAACUUGGUGAGUAUCAGCAAGCUAUAGAUUGUCAUCUACGUGCAAAAGAAUUAGAACGAAAUGAAUGUCCUCAAAAUCAGUAUCAUCUUGGAUUGGCUCAAAAGCAGUUGAAUACUCCAAAAUCCCGGUUGGAUGCAUGUAGUGCUUUCGAACAAGUUUUAACAAAGCAUUGCGAUUCGAUCACUGAUAGAGUGAUACGGCGUGCAGCAAUCAGAGAAUUCCGUGAAUGUGAAGAAUAUAUAUGAUGCAGUUUUUCUGAUAAGGCUAAAGCGGCAACAAACUCUACUUAUUCUCAACCAAAUUUUUACCACAAAAGAUGAAAGUGGCUGGAUAAAUAUAGAAUGAGAGAAAAUAAAGGAUGAGGAAAAUGAUCUAAUAUUGUUUAUCCUUACUGUCAAAUUUCGAUUGUGUUAAUUCUUAUUUGGGCUGUGCUUCAUGUGCAUUGUUUGACAACAUACAUUUUCAACUCCUC